AUGGCUAUGAUGUUCGAUGAAAUUAUUGAGAAGAGCAUUUCCUGUCAGGCUGCUCUGAAGCUAAAGAUGUGGAUAGAGGCCUUGCAGUUUCAUGGAUAUGUUAUUCGGAAAGUUCAUGACAUGAAACCUGAUUUUUCUGUUUACAAAUUGUUAUUAGAAAUGUAUGACAAGAUUAUGGCUAUUCUUGGAAUGAUCAAGAAGUCUUCCACAACUAAAGAUGUUCGCAAGGGUCACUUUGUUGUAUAUGUCGGGGAGACGCAAAAGAAGAGAUUUGUAGUCCCCAUAUCAUUCCUGAGUGAACCGUUAUUUCAACACUUGCUUAGUCAAGUUGAGGAAGAAUUUGGCUUCAACCAUCCAAUGGGUGGUGUGACUAUUCCCUGCAGUGAGGAUUUUUUCAUUGAUCUCACAUCACGCUUGAGGAAGUAA